AUGGAGACGCCAAAGUCCGUCGGCGAGGCGUCGACGACUAAUUUCGUGGUGUCACGACCGUCGGCGACGACUGAUGAUGCGGUGGCGAUGAAAGGCUGCGGUUUAGCUAACCUUGCUUGGGUCGGUGUAGACAGAGAGGAGCUUCGUCGGAGGCUAGCGAUGCCUGAGUAUCUCCGCCUCGCCAUGAGAGAUUGCAUAAAGCGGAAAGACUCCACCUCGAUUCCGGACCAUUUGCUACUUCCUGGCGGCGCCGCCGCGGAUAUAGCUCCUGAGUCACCGAUGGUUGUUUUCAUUAACCCGAAAAGCGGAGGUCGUCAUGGACCUGUUCUUAAAGAAAGGCUUCAACAGUUGAUGAGCGAAGAACAAGUAUUUGAUCUCACAGAAGUGAAACCCCAUGAAUUUGUACGGUACGGUUUGGCAUGUUUGGAAACACUUGCAGCGACAGGAGAUGAAUGUGCAAGAGAAUGCAGAGAAAGGAUGCGUAUUAUGGUAGCAGGUGGUGAUGGUACUGUUGGUUGGGUUCUUGGAUGUCUCGGAGAGCUUCACAAGGAUGGAAAAUCGAAUAUUCCUCCCGUUGGAGUCAUCCCUCUCGGUACAGGAAAUGACCUCUCAAGAAGUUUUAGUUGGGGUGGUUCCUUUCCUUUAGCUUGGAGAUCAGCUAUGAAAAAAACAUUACACAAAGCAACUAUGGGUUCGGUUGCUCGAUUAGACAGCUGGAAGAUUGUAGUGUCGAUGCCAUCUGGAGAAGUCGUUGAUCCUCCUUAUUCUUUGAAGCCUUGUGAAGAAACUGCACUUGAUCAGAGUUUGGAUGCUCAAGGGGAUGUACCUCCUAAAGCAAAGUCCUAUGAAGGAGUGUUCUACAACUACUUUAGCAUAGGUAUGGAUGCUAAAGUUGCGUAUGGAUUCCACCAUCUUCGCAAUGAGAAACCGUAUUUAGCUCAAGGCCCCAUUACAAACAAGAUUAUAUAUUCAAGUUACAGUUGUACUCAGGGUUGGUUUUGUACGCCAUGUGUCAGCAAUCCUGGUUUAAGGGGACUAAGAAACAUAAUGAGAAUCCACAUUAAAAAGGCAAAUUGUUCCGAGUGGGAAGAGAUCCUGAUCCCUAAAAGCGUGAGAUCGAUAGUGGCAUUGAAUCUUGACAGCUACGGAAGUGGAAGACAUCCAUGGGGUAAUCUCAAACCAAACUAUCUAGAGAAGAGAGGAUUUGUGGAGGCGCAUUGCGAUGACGGACUGAUAGAGAUAUUCGGGUUGAAGCAAGGUUGGCAUGCGUCAUUUGUAAUGGCUCAACUCAUCACAGCUAAGCACAUUGCUCAGGCGGCUGCGGUGAGAUUUGAACUUAGAGGAGGUGACUGGAAAGAUGCGUUCUUGCAGAUGGAUGGUGAGCCGUGGAAACAAGCCAUGAAAACUGAUUAUUCCACUUUUGUGGAGAUCAAAAAGGUUCCUUUUCAAUCGUUAAUGAUCAACGGUGAAUGA